AUGGCCAGGACAAAUAACUCCAAGAAACGCGCCAGAGAAGGUGAUUCUGAUGCUGGGGCUGAUAAUGGAAGGGCUGCUUUUGCCAGCCAGCAUGGGACGAAUCCCGUUCCAACAAUGCUAAACUACCAGUUACAGGCACUUCUUCCUGAAAUCCACGUCAGAUUGGCAUCCAGCGAGAACGCAACGCGACAAUUGAUACAUCAGGUCAGUGUUUUGCCACAAUUGGUACAGCAAGUCAGUCGUUUGUCAGCGAGUGUGGAGGGGCUUACAAGACAGAUGUCAAUGUCGGCCGCUUCAGGCAAUCCACAACCAGCAGCUGUGCCUGCUGCAAACAACACUGCCAUCAACCAGGCAACGAAUCAAUUGGGACAGCAAGUCGGCGUUUUUCCACAACUGGAACAGCAGGUCAGUCGUUUGUCAGCGAGUAUGGAGGGGCUUGCAAGACAGAUGUCAAUGUCGGCCGCUUCAGGCAAUCCACAACCAGCAGCUAUGCCUCCUGCAAACAAUACGACCAACAACCAGGCAACGAGUCAAUUGGGACAACAGGCGAGUCAUUUACCAGCGAAUAUGGAAGGGCUUAUGAGACAGAUGUUGGCAGUGGGCGCGUCAUCUUUACACAAUCCACAACUGUCAGCUAUGCCUCCUGCAAAUACUACUACCAACAACCAGGCAACGAGACAAUUGGUACAACAAGCCAGUCAUUUACCAGCGAAUAUGGAAGGACUUACAAGACAGAUGUUGGCAGUGGGCGCCUCAUCACAACUGUCAGCAUCGGCUGCUGCAAAUACUAAUAGUACCAACAACCAGGAUGACGAAUGGGGAAUCAAUCAUACAGUCCAAAAAAAACACGAAAGCGUACGAAGUCUGUAUGAUGAAUGGUUUGGUCUUGGCGAUUUUGAUGGUGUUCCAAUCCGUGGAGGGAUAGCUAAUUGUGAGAUGAAGUUUGGGAUACAAUGGAGGGACAAGAAGUCGUCGAAUCGGAUUUCACAGCAGAAAAGGAUUUGCAGGGUGUUGCAAAGGGAGGUCGAUGGAGGGAAGGCGCUGGACGAUGUCUGCCGUGAGUGGGACAAGGUAUACAUCCAACAAUGUGGAAAGAACAUCACAAAAUUUGUCGCAGAGUUGCAAGAGCGGGGUCACAUACGCAAGAUAGCAAAACGCGGAACAAGGAAAUCCAAUUGA